CAGCGCCUUUGUUGUUGGACGACAGCAAGGCGACUGUUUCUGGUCAGAUAUUUCUUCAGGAUGGAUUUAUGAAUUUUUGAAAUUAUUUGUAUAAUGUUUUGACGCAACUAAAUCAUCCCGAAAGUGGGAUCCAUGUCAUCCUAGGUCGACGAAGUCAUCAUUAUUGGAAAGGAAGUUUGAUCGAUCAAAGAGAGUACACAUGUCGUCUGCUGCAGACACGGUGGAAAAUGCCUCCAUCAUUUCAGAGAGUGUGGCUCAUGAUGGAAACCGACUAUGGAUAGGCAACAUCGACCCCAAAAUCACAGAGUAUCAUUUGGUGAAGCUGUUGGAGAAGUUUGGAAACGUGAAGCAGUUUGACUUCCUGUUUCAUAAAUCAGGGCCUUUGGAGGGACAACCCCGGGGCUACUGCUUUGUAAACUUCAACACAAGAGAGGAGGCAGAGAGAGCCAUCCAGUGUUUAAAUGGGAAGCUAGCUUUGUCCAAGAAGCUGGUGGUGCGCUGGGCGCAUGCACAGGUGAGGAGGUUUGAAGGUUUUCGUAAUGAGAAGACGAUGCCUCCCAGCCUUGAGCCGUCUUGCAGUGGUGCAGCAGAGGAUGGAGCCGUAACUGCCAACCACCUCAGUACGAGUGCAAAGAUCCGCGCCAUCGAGGCAAAGCUGCAGAUGAUGGAGGAGAAUCCAGACGAUGACUACUCGGGCCCGUCGGCAUACGUUUACAACAAACCGCCGGAGAGGAAGCGCUGGGAGCCGUACUCUAAAUCCCACCAUAAUAACCAGAGCAGACCCUUCCGCAAGUUUAGGAGAUGACCCAUCAUUCUGGAGAACCCCCACCCACCCUCUUUCCCUCGUACCGCCACCCCCCACCUCCACACAAACAGACUCUACACUAGAUGUUAUAAAGACAUCCUGAAGUUGUUUAUAACACUUUGGACUCUUUUGGAGGUAACUGCAGCAAUCAUGGACAAGAAUUUUAAAUAUUUCUUCGUUAUUUUGAGUUACAAAGCCUGGUAUUAUUUAGCGAUGACAAAAACCUAACUUUCGGUAGGUUUCUUUCCCUAAACGUGGAUCUGCUUCCUCACUUUUGCAGAGGUUUAAAUCAGAGGAACCAUGCAGCUGAGGAACACAUGAUGCAAAGAAAACAAACAGCAUUUUUUCGGGGGCUAAAUGAUGAUUUUAUUUUUGUCUUCGAGGUGUUUCUGAACACAUAAUUCAAAGGGGAAAUUUUUUUCAAGACUAAUAUGAAAAGGAAGUAAACAUAGGUUUAUAACAUGUUUGUGUUCAUAAAGUUAAAGUAAUAAGGCACACGCCACUAAGUGUCAGUUAUUGUAAGUCACAGUAUUUUUGUCUUGUUUUUCACUCUUUUCUUAUAAUUUGCCUUUUCCCCCUUGGAUUCAAUUUUUUUAUACAACUCCAGCCUUUUUACUGACGUUUUGUGAUGUGAGUUUUGGUAUUUCUUUUGCCACAGUCUCUUUAUUUUAAUUAAAGAUUAUUAAAUAUCACAUCUGCUUUGUUGUUAUGUGACCUUUUCUACCCCAAAAGUGCAGGAUUCAGCUUUAAGAAUUUUCAGUAAAUACCAGGGGUGGAAAGUAACUAGUUUCAUUAACUCACUUCACUGUAAUUGAGUAGCUUUUCAAUGUAAUUUUUAAAGACAGAAAUUUUCCUUUGCUUAAGUAAAUUUUACAGAAGUAUUGUACUUAAACACAUUUUAUUAAGCAUCUAUUACUGAGUAAAGAAAUAAAAACUAAAAGCCAAAACAAGUGGGCCAAACCUCCCUGUCAGUGAUGUGAAAAUGGUGAGUUUGGUUUAGAGCACACUUAACCGUCAGUGGCACAUUGCAAGAAAAAAAAAACAGCUGUUGCAUUUCUCUUUACCAAACAGGUGUGACUUUACCUGAACAACCUGGUUGGAGAGUCAUAUUCUUUUGUUGUUACUGCGCAUUAAGGAAUGAUCAAAUUUUACUUUACAAACAGGCAUCAUAAGUAGCUACAUAGUACUUUGAGUAAACUUGAAUAAAUUACUUUUUACUAGGGCUGUCAAAAAAUAUAUUUUAAUUGUACUGAAUCACAUUAUUUUUUAAAAAUCAUUUCAAAGUUACACUAUUUUGCCUUCAAACUGCUUUUGUGUUAUUUUGCUUUUUAUAUGAUUCUAAACUAUGGCAAUGGACUUCCUGUUUGCAUACAGACCUGCUUUUACACAACACUAAGUUGUAUCAAUAUCAAUAAGAAGACAUGAUGAACAUUUCUGAGCUGCUUUUACAGUUGGAUCAAAACUUAUAACAUUAACUUAACCCAGGAAAAAGGAACUUGUAAUGGAUAGAAAACAAAAUAAGGGAGUAGUAAAAAGGUAAAAGCUUGAUAACACAAGGUGUAGAUGACUUUUGACUCAUCUGAGGUUUUUUUUUUUUACGUGAACUGAGACAUUAAGGAGCAGUUCUGGAGUUAUUUUACAUCACUGUUACUGCAGGGAGACACUAAGUGGCUUAACAAAAAUGUGCUGAAAGGGACAAUAAAGCAUGUCGUGAUUUUAAAAAGGUGUACUAAUUGUGGACCUGAAUGAAUUUUGAUUAAUGUAAUUAAUCUUGACAGCCCUACUUUUUACUUAUACUCUUUCCACCUCUGGUAAAUACACACUUUAAAUCAGUGGUUCUCAGCUGGUGGAUCAGGACCCAGCUGUGGGUUGUAGAUUUGCACCUGGGGGAAAAAAAUUCUAAAAAGACUACGCUAUGCUUUUAUUUUGAAGGGCAUAUGUGCCUACAACGCCAUGUCUUAGCAGUAGUGUGGUAGUUUGUGGCAGAAAUGCAUCUUGAUGCCACUGCUAUUAAAUGACUAAGAAAUGAAGUCAAAGUAUAAAAAAUGUCACAUGGAAAAUAGAAUAUAUGAAUUAUGCUGUCUUACACUGCAAACAAGACGGGGACAAAAGUGUCUGUUUUAAGUGCAGCAAAGUGCUGAAACAUUUAAGCCAUCAAAUGAAACGGGAUUUAGAAAUGAAACAGUCUGCUUACAAAGACAAACUGCUUUCAGAGAAAACUUAAGUCCUGUUGUGUCUGUGAUGUUGACAUAAUGAUCCUGUUUAGUCCUGUCUUGAGUUCCAACUGAUGAAUUUUUCACUGAAUAAAUUAGUGUUUAAUUUUUUCGUAAAUAUGAGUUGUGGUUUGUCAUUAAAGAGGUGGUGUGUCCAGAAACUAGAUCAGUCGAGAACCACUGCAUUAAAUGACAACAAUUGUGUCUUAGUCCACAUGUUUCGCUGAUGUUUUGUUAGGAUGAUCAUGACCCAUCUGCAUCUAAUUAAUAGAAGUUAGAAAUUGCUUGCUAAAAGCAAAUCCACAAUUAUUUUCUAUGCAGUUCUUAAAUAUCACAGAAUUUAAAAGAAUAUUCAUGCCAUGUUUCCUCAGCUGUUAAUGCAGAAAAACCCUAAUGUUAGUGUUUCAGUUACAUGUUAAUGCCAACCAAUAAAAAGAGAAGAAACCGGGCACUCCGAGCAUGAAAAGUGUUUUUAAAAAAUUAAGAAGGACAUAUUUAUAAUCGGCAACACUUUUUAAUAAUUUGGAAAUUAUAAUAAAUGCUUUUGAGCAAUUUGAAACCUUUUUCAUGCUUGUGUGUCUGAUUUCUUCUCUUUUUACUGUGCUUUAUUUUACCUCCUGCUUUCCACCCAACAAAUUUUGAGCAUCCGCCUUUGUCUCUACCUGAUAAUCCUACUCAUAAUAGUGUCUGUUAUUGUUUUGAGGUCCUGUUUCCUUUAUGCUCACUCCUGGUUUAUCUUUAAUGCAUUACACUUUUUUGUAAAGUCUACCAACAGUUGUUGUAAAUAUUAAUAGUUUGAAUAUCAUUUGCAUACAACUUUUAUUUAGAAAAUACUAUAAAAAAUAUUUAUUGUUCAUUCUCUUGUGUUGUCAUACUGGAGCAUAGUACUUCUGCUGUGAUCUGUGUUUUCCUGCAGGUUCGACAUGCAAUAUGAGCACAAAAAUGACAAAAAAGUCACUGAAAAAUGAUGUGAAUUAAUUUCCUUAAAGAGUUCAUUUUCAAUCAGUGGUUUUAAGAGUUGAUCCUGAAUUGAGUUGAGUUGAUCCUGAAUAUUUAACUGUCCUAUAAGGAGGCAAGGUGAGACUGCAGCAGGGAUUGUGCUCAGAAGAAAUCAAACUCUACCUCUUGAAACAAAGAAAGCCCUUUUUAAAUGUCUUAUUGUGUGUUUUAAAAAUGGCUGUCUUAACUAUUUCUGAUAGCCAUUGGAUAAAGUUAAUGGUUUCUUUGUAAUGUGUGUAUUUAUUUGUUUUUAAUUAAAAUGACUUUAU